CUUCACCAACAAAAAAACUUCACAGUAAUUUCAUACAAAUUAUCUCUCGUGCCAAUUAUAGUAACAUUUACAUAGUAUAUCACACGCCCAAAACGUCUCGAUAAAUUAGUAUUAUAACAUACACCGGCGGGGCGGCGGGUGUGGUGCAUUCGGCCUGCGGAUGCGGCCGCGCAUGGUAAAUCGGUAAUCAUUCAACUUGUCAUUUGAAGGCAAAGGAGGAGAGAGAAAAUCUCAUUCCUUUCACUCUCUCUCUUUCCUGGUGAAGUGCUAAUACAACUUCCAUUUCCAUGUGAAUUCUCUAACCUCCUUCGUUCUUCUCUCUCUUCCCCAAGCUCCAAGAUCACUCCAAUGGCGUCUUCAAACUACCACAAAUUUCCCUCUUCUUCUUCCUCACUAUCAUCAACAAAAUCAUCUUCAUCAUCUUCAUACAUCCCACUUCACAAAACCCAACUCCCUCCUCGGAUGCAACCAUUCUCUCUCUCUCCUCCACCGCCAUCUUCAAAAUCCCACCACCAUAAACACCUUCUUCUCAUCAUCUCUCUCUCUCUCCUCCCUUUUCUUCUUUACUUUCUCUCUCUUUACCGUUCUCUUCAUCUUCUUCCUUCUUCUUCUUUUGGCAUUGUCGUCGACAUUUCACUCUCUCGCUCUCAAAUCUCUGUUUUCCGAUCUCUAAAUGAGGUUUCCGGCAACCCCUUUUCCGGCGAGAACUCUGAUUCUUUCUGGGUUGAUGCCGGAACUUUGAAAUUUUCCGGGCAACCCAAAUUGGCGGGUCGGGUGUUGUUCAAAUUGAUGGAUUUUGCCAAGGAGAAAAUCCCCAAUUAUGAGUGGAAAUUUAGUAAAGUUCAGCUUAUGAUUAUGAGUGAUUUGGUGGGUGAUGGAGUUGAGGAGAGAGAAAGGAUUUUGGAAGAGUGUCGUCGGGUUUUGAGAUCAUCUGGGUUCAUGUUUAGGGAUGAUUGGGCUUCUGUUUUGAAAGGUCAAGACGAGGGUCUUUAUUCUUGGCUGGCUGUAAAUUAUGCCCUCGGCUACCUAGGCAAUAAACCUGAAGAAACAGCUGGAGUAGUUUCGUUUGGAAGUUCUGCUAUGCAGGUCUCUUUUGCUAGCCCUGAGACUCCACUAUCAGAAUCCUCAAGAGUUAUCAGGUUCGCAGGAGUUCCUUACAAUCUUUAUACUCAAAGUCUGCAGCAGUUUGGUCAGGAUGCAGUUUGGAAAAAGUUUCAUGAGCGGAGUGUUCCUAACUUGGUGUCAUCUUCACUUAAUAGUGAAAGAUCCAUGCCUAAUCCUUGUUAUCCCAGAGGAUUUGAAUUGACAUCACAGGCGAGUGAUGAGAAUCUUUUGAAAUCCCAUGCCACAGGGAACUUUUCUGCUUGUAAAUCUGAACUUACCAUGUUGCUGAAUGAUAGGAAAGGAAAAUGCACUCAUGCACCAUGCGAGAUGAUGCCUACCAUUUUUAGUGAGUUGGAAAAUAAACCUCACCCGCAGCAAAGGUUCUAUCUUUCUUCCCAGUUUCGAGGCUUAGUUCUAAAGGCUUCUAUAUCAGAACUGGAGUCUGUUGCACAAAAUUAUUGCGAGGAUGACUGGGACAAUCUUAAAAGAAAAUUUGAUAUUGAUGGUGUAGAACUGUCAAGAAGUUGUUUCUCAUAUACAUUCAUGGUGAUCUUGUUACGCAACAGUUUUGGCAUUCCAUUUGAUGAGAAGAGAAUCGAGUUUGCAGCAGGAAGCACUCCUGUUGAUUGGAGACUUGGAGCCUUUAUUUCCCAGACAAUCAUGGAAUCGUUUGACAGUAUCACAGAACAUUAUGAUACGCAUAUUGUUGAGAAUGAGUCUGUCACCUACUUCUUGUUUGCGGUUCUUAUAGUUUUUGUUCUUCUGGCCACAUUCUUUGUAAUGAAAUUGCGAAAACCACAGUUUAAGACAAUAUAUGACCUUGAAAAAGGCCGCUAUAUUGUUACACGUGUACCUAGAUAGAUACCAUUUGUUUCUAUUCUUGUAAUUGAUGUACCAUUUCAGUUCUUUGUACAGUUAGCCAAGGAAAUCAAAGCAUUAAGAUACUACUGCUAUCUUUUUGGGUUCA